AUCGAGUCAUAAUCCACAGACUAAAACAUCUCGGUGACAUGGAAGGUAGCUGCAAUCCACACCGUAGUUUCGGACCACCUGCACUUAGGAGUAAAGCGUGCAGGUUGCUCAAGGCGCACCUUACCCCUAAGUGCAGGUACAAAACAGCUCGCGACCAUGGGACCCCACAGUGUGUGGGAUUUCAUCGCCGACGGUCCCGCCCACAAAGAGCUUACUACCUACACGAAGUGAAGUACAAUGACCCGACUUGCCGAGUACGUACCUACCUACCUGGUUAGCUCCAUCAAGCCGUCGCCUGCCGACGCGGGUUUGCCCUUGCAACGUUUUCGACGGAGCGCAAUGAGAUGGUGGUCAUGUUGUCACCUGGCUGGGUCCUUAAAGGUUUAUCUACCCUGCCACCAGUCAUGACAGACGACUCGGUUCCAAACAACUCCGGACAAGACACGCCGUCAGAUUAAUGCCCUUCUAUUCCUCCGCCUACCGUAGUCUAAUUCAUACUUUUCCUUCCUCAUCGCCUCCCUGAGACCCUUGCGCGAUCUUGUUUUCAUCCAAGCUCUUCUUGCGACCUACUACGCACCUGGUGUCAUCAAGACCCCACGUGGAAAGCAGAGACACAAGAAACGACAGUCCCUUCCGCCACCAUGUCUUCAACAAAUGCUGUCCAGAAUGGGUCGAAUUCCCAACCCGACGAUUCUACGCCAGACUACACCAAAACCCCGCCCGUCAUGUUGACCACAAUGGUGGAAAGCAAGUUUCUCUCCAACCCCGAGGACCUGGGCGUUGUAGCGGUUGGGUUCUCAGGAGGCCAGUGCAAACCUGGCGUCGACGCAGCCCCCUCUGCUCUUAUCGACUCCGGCCUCCUUACCCAAUUGCAUUCGGAGUUGGGAUACCGCUUGCAUGGCCACACCCAGGUUCAUCUGUACGGAGACCUCGAGCCGGCAAACGACCCUCCGUAUCGAAACAUGAAAAAGCCGCUUGCUGUAUCGGCUGUGACGCGCCGGAUCGCAGAACAGACGUACGAACAAGCAAAACAAGGCCGCAUGGUGCUUACACUGGGUGGCGAUCAUAGUAUCGCCAUCGGAACAAUCGGCGGGGUUGCCAAGGCGAUUAAAGAGCGGUUCCAGGGCCGACGCGAGGUGGCCGUCAUUUGGGUCGAUGCGCACGCGGACAUUAAUACGCCAGAGACUUCGGACAGUGGAAACAUUCACGGCAUGCCCGUAUCGUUCCUUACCGGACUUGCGACGGAGGACAAGGACGAGUAUUUUGGUUGGCUGACGGAUGACAACCGUAUCAGCGUAAACAAGCUCGUCUAUAUUGGUCUGCGAGACGUGGAUCCAGGCGAGAAGAAGAUACUGCGCGAGAACAAGAUUAAGGCUUUUAGCAUGUUUGACAUUGACAGACACGGAAUCGGUCGCGUCAUGGAGAUGGCAUUGGCGCAUAUUGGAACUGAUACACCCAUCCACCUCUCUUUCGACGUGGAUGCGCUCGACCCCAUGUGGGCUCCUAGCACAGGAACACCGGUCCGUGGUGGUUUGACACUGCGCGAGGGUGACUACAUCUGCGAAUGUGUACAUGAGACGGGACAACUGGUUGCAAUGGACUUGGUUGAGGUGAACCCAAGCUUGUCGCCGACUGAUGGAGACCCGGGAGCGCACGAGACGGUCAGGGCAGGAUGCAGCUUGGUGAGAUGCGCAUUGGGUGAGAGUUUACUGUAAAUGUACGGACUUGACUCGUCAACAUAGGCAAAUAGUCUACCAUUGUAAAACUUCAGAAUUACAUUACACGAAA